CACACACACACACACACACACACACGCACACACGCACACACACGCACACACACACACACACACACACACACACACACACACACACACACACACACACACACACACACACACACACACACACACACACACACACACACACACACACACACAUAGCCACAUAGACAUAUACACACUCACGUACACGUAUACAUAUUCAUACAUUCAUGCAUGCACACAUACACACACAUAUGCAUACACACACACAGUUACAUUUAGCCACAUAUACAUAUACACGCUCAUACACACACACACACUCACACACAUAUAGCCACUCAGUCACAUACGUAUACAUACACAUACACAGCCAGACAAACAUAUACAUACACGCACACACACACACACAUAGACAUAUAAACUGGCUUGUUCACCUGCAUGCUUGCUCUGUAGUUUUUGGGGUUAGUUAGCGAUAGCGGUAGCUUAGCUCAGACUGUGAUUUGGGUUGAUUGCUGCUUGUCUUUUGUCGGCUCCUGAUGGUUUUGUUGGUUUUGUGUUUUGUUUGGGGUUUUUGUUGCAGAUUUCCAGUGCUUGACGUGAGACCAGCCCCCCAAUCUCGCACUCAGAAGGCACGCCGAUUUUUCCCAGUGGCCAGCCGCGGUACUGCAACAAAAAAUCCCAUGGGGCCCAGAAAGCUUUUUUCCCAUAGACCGCAAUAGUAAAAGAGAAGCCUCUAAAACUGUUCACAGGAACCUCCAGCUGUAAUCACCGGCAAUUACAUAUCUUUGUAUUCUAUAUUUUUAAGUCAUGGACUUUAUAUCCGUCAAAAAUGUUUUAUAACGGCCAGAAAAGUCAAAGAAAAGUCUCUUUCUGGGCGUGACGUCACGGCCGUGUCCGUGCCAUUGAUGUUGCCCCCCCCCCCCCCCUCGUUUGGAAGUAAACAAUACAUUUACAAUUAAUUUUAGCUCAUAAUCUGAUGAAUGAGUUUCUCCAUGAGAACAGAAAAGGUCUUUGUCAUAGUCAUGGAAACAGCUGCCCCUAAAACUGUAUAGAUGAGGUGAAGACAAUAGGAAGGGUGAGUGUGUGCUCAUCAGAGCUGGUAGAGGAGCCAAAAAUUGUACUCAAGUAAAAGUACUGUUACUUCAGAAUAAUAUGACUCAAGUAGAAGUAAAAAGUAGUCAUCCAAAUAAUUACUUGAGUAAAAGUAAAAAAGUACUUGGUGAAAAGACUACUCAAGUACUGAGUAACUGUUGAGUAACGUCUGAUUUAUUUUUUUAACACAACCAUUCAAACAGACAAAAGUACAAAAUAAUCAUCUUCAGGCAAAUUAAAUCAAUAAAAUAAUAAAAUAAAAUGAAAUUAAUAAAAAAUAGCAUAAAUUAAAAUAAUCUUAAAGUAAAUUCAAGUGCUUUAAUAAAUAAUAGAAUAAAUAAAAUAUAACAGAAUAAAAAAAAAAUUAAGCACAAGUAGCACAAAAUUUCAAGCCUUUGUACUUUUCUUUUUUAACCAGCAGAACUAGAACAAACAUGAACUCAUAGAAACUCUGUGUGUGUUUGAGUCUGUGUAAAUGUGACAAAACAUGCAAAAACAAACAUUUUUCCCAAAGAAUCACUCAGUGAUGUCAUGAGAUUGACGCGUACGUGGAUAAAAGGGAUAAAAGAAAAGUAACAGCUCAACGUAGCCUAAUGUAGCGGAGUAAGAGGAACAGUUUCUUCUUCACAAAUCUACUCAAGUAAAAGUAAAAGGUAUAGUGAUUCAAAACUACUCCUAAAAGUACAACAUUUCCCAAAACUUACUCAAGUAAAUGUAACGGAGUAAAUGUAACUCGUUACUACCCAGCUCUGGUGCUCAUUAGAUGUAACUGCAUAGAUCCUUGUGAAUUAUGAAUGUGUUUCUGAAUGGGUGAAUGUGACAUGCAGUGUAAAACCACGUUGAAUCGUCAACACGAUUAGAAAGUUUAGAAAUUAAAAAUUCCCUAUUUUCCACCAUCUAGUUGUGGUUCUUGCUUUGACCCAAUUGCCUGACCUGAAUUCAGUCAGGACAAGCUGCACCAGGAAGCACUUCAGAAAACAAUCAGACUGGGGGAUUGGAGAAAUAAAAGCCAGGAGAAGAAAACAGGACGAUGGCAAACUUAAUCAUUUUAUUGCUCAAGGUAAAGAAGCAACAAACAUUCCACCUUUGACACUUUGAUUCACAACAAGUCCAAACUGACAAUUCUUAGCAUCUGCCCCAUUUUGUCAGAAAGGAAAUAAAAUAAGGUAAUAAUUGAUCAUAUUGUGGUUGAUUAUUUACAGAAUGAAAUACUAUUUAAGGACGGGUUUACACACUCUGACAACAGUCAUAAACAUGUUUCUUCCAUUGUUGCUGCUGAUCUGCUCUCUCUCUUCAGCUCAGAUUCAAGCCUUCGAGUCUGACAAUGAACUUGGAGUAGAUUUAAGACAAACUGAGGUGACAGGAGGAGAAGCAGGAAAUGUCUCUGAGCAACAACCAACGUGUACGCAGGAUCUCCAUGCAGUGCUGAGGGAGAUGAGCGGCGUGUUGGCUGGACUGAAGGUUGAGAUGAGAUACUUGCAGCGUGAUAAUACAGAACAAGCUAAAAAGACCAGAGAAUUGGAGCAGCAGUACCAAGCACAAUCAGCUAAGGUGAAUCAACUGGAGUCACAAAAGACGGAGCUGAAGCAACAGUACCAAGAACAGGCAGCUAAGCUGGCAGAACAGGCAGCUGAACUGCUCACCAUUAAAGCCAGAGCAAACACAACAGAAAACCAUGUGAACACUCUGACAAGAGAAGGAGAAGUGAAACGAGUGGCUUUCUCAGCAUCUUUGAUCACUUCUGGUGUAGAAACUAUUGGACCAUUUAACGCACACACCAACCUGAUCUUCAGAAACGUUGUUACAAAUGUUGGAAAUGCCUAUAACCCAAACACAGGCUUUUUCACAGCCCCGGUGAGAGCAGCCUACCACUUUGAGUUCUACAUUUAUGGAUACGGACAUCCUUCACAUGGUACUGGUGCUGCGCUGGUCAAGAAUGGAGAACAUGUUGUUAUUGCCCAUGAACAUCAGACUUCAUUUUCUGUUAAUCCUGCUAAUGGUGUCACUUUGUUAUUAGAGGUUGGAGAUGUUGUUUUUUUGCGUCAGUGGGUAAACUCAAGGAUUUACGACGAUUCUAAUCGCCAUACUACCUUUAGUGGCCAGCUUCUUUUCACAUUGUGAGAGUUCUUCAGUUCACUAAUACUCAUGCAGUUUAUUAUCAGAAUGUAUCUUUGUAUUUCCGUUUUCUAAAUGAUGUAAACACAGUCUUGCUAUUAAAGUUUUAUGUUCAGCUGCAUCUGUUUCUGGAUUUGCAUGAAUGUGGUAACUACAGGGACCUAGUUCAAGCAGACGUACCAGCUUUAUGCUCACUCAUACCCCGGUGGAUGGUUUAUUCCAGUUACUCCAUCUGCUUAUAGGACUUGCUGCUGCUUUUAAAUCUCUACCGCCUCCCCAGCUCUUCCUGUAGGCUAUAAUUCUAGGAAAGGAGCAUCAUUUUAAUCACCCCCAAUAUAUGUAUGUCUUCCUUAAAAUAGGGGAUUUAUUUAGAUUGGAUUCUCUAAGACAAAGUGUUUUAGCAGUAGGAAAACUGUUGAGCUCUUCAUCACAUGACUUGUCUGAUUGAACUAUACACUGUAACGGGGCGUGAUGGAUUUUUAUUUUUUUUUUAAUGAAAGCUGAACGUGAUUGAUCACAUGUUUGUUCUUUUCAAUUAAUUGUGGUGGUGUAUAAAGAUAAAA